AUGUUCCUCGAGUACUAUUCUCCAAUUCUUUACAGAUUUUGGUGCCAAAUAACCCCAACCUCCUUACGAGUUGCGAAAGGCAAUCGCAUGAUUCGAGAUUAUGUGGAGUCCACACUCACUCAAGACGAUAUAUCCGAAUUCACUCUAGCAGCGCGGCUUCGAGAGCUAAAGGAAGUCCCUCGAGAGUUGGCCGUGGCUGAAUGUCUUGAUCAUUUGGGCGCGGGCAUUGAAACUACAGGCGAUGUCCUCUGCUUCUUGAUGUGGGAACUCUCACAGCCCCGGAAUGAAGCUAGGAUGAACAAGCUGCAUGAAGAAUUUCUUGAUAUGCGAUCAGAGCCACUUCACACUCGCCCAUACCUCGGUGCGGUUAUUCAAGAAGCACUGCGGCUCUGGGCCCCAGGUUCCCUUCCACUGCCACGAUAUGUACCUGAUGAUGGCCGAAACAUGGACGGAUAUUUCCUUCCUGGCCACACUAUCGUGGGUUGCCAGUCUUAUACAUUGCAUCGGAAUGAAAUUGUUUUCCCCAACCCCAAUGAAUUUGCCCCAGAGCGAUGGCUUGACCCCAAUGGCAGCUCCGAGCGCCAGCGUUGGAACUUUUCGUUCGGACUAGGGGCUCGAACAUUAGAAAUGAGGGCAUUAUUGCACGCGGUUUAUUCGAAAUACAGAACGAGACCUGCGAAAGAUAUGAUUGCCGAUAUGUCGAUGUACGAUCAAGUGUUAACGUCGCGCCCUAAGGAUAUGUGCUGUUUGCUUGCAUUCGAGGUUUAUGAUGCCACUUGA